AUGAAAACUUCCCCCAAUUCAGAGGAUGAGGGGGCAGAUGAGGAGUCCGAAGAUUUUUGUCCUGUGUUCAGAGAAGGUAUAAGGUUUGGAGAACUGCAAAUGGAAGUUGGCAUGAAAUUCAACACAAAAUGGGACUUUAAGGAGGCUGUGAAAGGAUGUCCAUGGGUGGUGUAUGCAUUAAGGGAUCAUGAAGAUACUUGUUGGCAAAUAAAGACAUUCCUUAAUGAUCACACAUGCCCAAGGGAAGAUAAGAACAGGGCAGCUAACAGAAAUUGGGUGGCGAGUAAACUAGUCAAGAAGGUUAGGAAGUACCCCAAUUUUAAGCAUUGUGAUGCAGCCACUUACUUCAAGUCAAGGUUUGACUUGACCUUGAACAAGAACUCAAUAUCAAGGGCCCUCUUUGAUGCACGUAAUGCUGUGUUUGGGGAUGAAAAGGAACAAUACAAAAUGCUGAGGGAUUAUGGUCUUACACUUCUCAAGACUAACCCUGGAUCAACAGUUGAAAUUUGUUGCACUCCCCAACCUGAGUCUGAUCCAGUAUUUGAUAAAAUGUAUGUGUGCUUGAGUGGUUGCAAGAGUGGUUUCAAAGCCGGAUGCCGACCGUUGAUUGGACUGGACGGUGCUUUCUUGAAAACUCAAUUUGGUGGACAAAUUCUAUCGGCAGUGGGUCAGGAUGCUAAUCACCAUAUCUACAUUAUAGCGUGGGCAAUUGUUGGAGUAGAAAACAAGGAGAAUUGGAAGUGGUUUCUUAAGUUGCUACACCAGGACCUUGGAGACUAUAGGCAAAAUGGGUGGUGCUUUAUCUCUGACAUGCAGAAGGGUUUAUUGCCGGCAAUGGAAGAGGUGAUGCCCCGUGUUCAUCACCGCUUUUGUGUUUGGCACUUGUGGCAGAAUUUUAACAAGCAAUGGAAGGAUUUACAACUAAGAUCCUUGCUGUGGGAGUGUGCACGAGCCACCACGUAUCAAGAGUUCAGAGAUAAUAUGAACAAGAUCAAGAUUAUCAACGAGGAUGCAUGGGCGUAUCUAUCAAAGUGGGGAGGAGAACACUGGACCAGGAGUCAAUUCAGUCACAAGCCUAAAUUGGAUAGCAUAUGUAAUAAUGCGUGCGAGGUAUUCAACUCAAAAAUUAAAGAGGCCAGGGUCAAGCCAAUCAUUACUUUGCUUGAAGGUGUGAGAAUGUUUGUCAUGAGAACAAUAGCUAAGAACAAGGUAAAAUUAGCUAAUCAUGUGGGUGAUACUGGUUAUGAGAAAUUUGAGGUACACGGUUACCCAGCCAACCAUGUUGUUGAUCUAGGAAAACACCUAUGCACAUGUCAAUUUUGGAUGCUGACAGGAAUACCCUGUGUGCAUGCAUGUGCUGCACUAGCUAGGGUGAACAAGAAUCCAGAGGAUUUUUGCCACAAACUAGUUACUAUGGACUCAUAUAGGGAGACAUAUCAGCAUUAUAUUAAUCCCAUUCCUGGGCAGACUUUCUGGGAGGUUUCAGAAUCUCUUAAGCCCCAACCUCCAAAGAUUAAGAGGGGGCCAGGGCUUAUUUGGGUUGGAAUGUGUCCCAGACCACCGGAGCACAGGUCGGCAGCCGCAACCACACCAUUCUGGUACACGCGUAGCCCUACUACGAUUUUGGGUCUUCGCCCUGUAUCCAUUGCUUGUUGA